AUGGCCGAAGCAAUAUCUACAAUGUCGAAAAACUCAUUAAAAUGUGUUGAAUGGAUGUGGCAGUCAAAUCCAGAUCCAUGGUCAGAGUCUGAGCCAGCCAUAUGGAAUCAUUAUUCUGAUGUCGAAAAUAUUAUUAUUGAACGAGCAUAUUCGAAUAAGGAAACACGAGCAAUUUUAGAUGAUUAUUAUAUUGAUUUCAAACAAAAUCGACAAAUGUCGAAUACAGAUGAUAAUAAACAAAGACCUGUCAAACGAGUAGUGCGUCAAAGAGAAGAUAAACAUUUACGAGAAGAACGUUUUGUAGAUCUUCCUGUUAGUACAGGACGUUCAUUUGGUGGUGAAUAUGGUUGGGUAUCACCAUUUAUUAUCGAAGUUAGAAGAGGUUUGAAACUUGAACCAGAAGAAUUACCAUCAAAAAGACCAGAAAUGAUUCCAAUACUUAUUGAAAAAGCUGCACAAGGUAUUAUUAAAGAAGGAAAAUUUAUUCGAAAGGAAGAAGAAGCUAAAGAAUUGGCUAAUAUGCUUCUAGAACAAAAAAAUAAUGGAAUUGAACAAGUAUGGCAAUGUUGUGCUUACAUGUAUUCAUUAGAAAGUUUUCUUUAUAAAACUUUGAAUGCAACAAUGAGAUUAGUUGGAGAUAAAGAACAUGAACAUGUAUGGAGAAGUAAAAUUCGUACAUUAGGUCCUUUUUGUUUGUUGCUUUGGGAUGAUCCUUGUAAUGAAAAACCAAAAACAAAGGAAACACUUUAUCGGGGAGCCAAUUUAAAUAUACAACAAAUUGCUAAAUAUGACCAAAUGGCUAGAAAUCCCGAUGAAUAUGGAUCAUUUCAAGCGUUUACAUCAUGUAGUCGUAAUCGUCAAAAAGCAGAAGAAUUUGGUAAUACAUUAUUUAUUAUGCAAGUACAAAUUGCUUUUACUGCUGAUCUCGCCGAAUUAUCUGAAUAUCCUUCUGAAGAAGAAGAACUUAUUACACCAGGUGUUUCUUUUCGUGUUGCAUUAGUUGAAUUUGAUCGAAAGAUAAAUAAAUAUCUGAUCUAUUUGAAAUUACGACAACGAUGGUCUAGUAAGUAG